UGCAAGUGAGAACAGUUGAGUUAAAGAUAAUUUGAAUUAUGUGCCGAAUUGACUAUGCUUUAUGGUGCCGAGUCGACUGGGUGCCGAAUGUGUUGGUGCCAAAUUGACUAUGCCGAAUUCGUUUGGUGCCGAAUUGUCCAGUUACCAUUUGAAUGCAGUCUUAUCCAAACAUUUUCCAGGACCAGGAUGCCUUGCUUCAGGAGCUCCAUGGUGACCGAUACUUUGAUGUGUUCGAUUUUAACGCCCCUCGCAAGUACUGGGCCUGCUUCAUGUGUAACCACCCGAAGAAAAUGUCUGAGCUGAUGCCUGAUGGAAGUCCAGUCAUUGCUGGUCAGUUGAAGGAGAAGAAAGGGCGCUGGAAGUUUCUGAAGCGGUGGAAGACCCGAUACUUUACUCUCUCCGGCAGCCAGAUAACCUACAGCAAAAGUGAUUCGAGAAAAGAAACGUUACCAGUGCGAGAAAUACAGAGUGUGAAAGCUGUUCGCAAAGGCAUUCGUGAUAUUCCUAAGGCGUUUGAAAUCUUCACAACAGAUCAGAACGAUGUGUUUAAGGCAAAAGGCCAACAAAACAUUGAGCCCUGGGUACAGUGCAUCCAUCUAGCUGUGCCCAAGGCUCAGAAUGAUGGAGAGUGUACUGUUGUGGAAAACGUCACCAUAACCAUUCCAACCAGACCUCGAUCUGCUGUACGCGAUACAAAGUUAUAGCAUUUGUAACACAGUGCAUUAAGAUCUUCAAAACUUUAGAUGUAGAAUUGCUGUAAUUAUAACAAAGUGUACAUAUCUGAAUGAAUAAAAAUGUUAGCAUUUUGACAAAGUGCAUAUACUGUGAUACAACAAUUUGUAGUUUGUAACCAAGUACAAACAUUAUUGAUGAAAGAUGGUGGACCAUUUGUGUCCACUUUCCAUUUUUUGGUGUCUUAACUGCUGGUGUAUUUUGAUGGCUCAGCCUGUUUCUCUUUUGUUUUAUUGUAGUUUAUAUUUGUUGGUCUAUGUUUAUUCAUUUAAAUACAUUUAUGGAUAUACUUAUGUGAAUGUUUUUGAAAGUGAAUUUUAUAAUGGUGAUAUGGCCAUGCAUUUAUUAAUGUUAAUAGGUAACUCAGUAUUGUAUAUGUCCACAUUAAUGAACUGAUAAUUGCAUCUGAAAAAAAACAUACAUGUAAAAAACCUUUUUCCAAAAAAUGGUAAUUACUUCAAAGCUGUAUUUUCUUAUUUCAACAAAACGUGGCGCUUAUGACGCAAAUGGAUUAUCAUAGUAAAAACCCAUUGUAAGUUAUUUUUAUGAAGACAAUUUAAAAUUAGUAUUAAUUGAUAAUUGUAGAAUGGAAACAUUGUUACACAUUUAUCAGAAAAGUGGUGUUUACAUGUAUACAUGUGUUUUGUUAAAGUAUACAUUAUUUGUUUUAUUCGUAUUCGUUUAUAUAUACACAAUUAUCAAAUGUGUAAAUAAAAGCGUACAUUGAGGCAGUAAUAACCCUAUUGAUGCCA